GGGCGCCACGGUGGCGAGAUGUUAACUCCCUCGCCUGGUCUACAGGAGGUCGUGGGUCCUAGCACGACCCUGACGACGCCUGCUGCUGUACAUUUGAGAGCCACGCGGCUGGGGCGGUGGCGGCGAGGAGGAGGAGGAGAAGGGUUCCUCGGGGCGAGCCUUCGUCGGGCCCGGCCAGCCCGGCGCCGGGGGCGAUGGGCCUGGAUCCGGCCCCAGGGCACGGGGCAGCGCACGGCGCUAAGGUUCAGACUGAAAUGCUCGGACGCAAAAGAAGGGCGCUUCGCAAGCCCCUGGGCUGUUCUCAGGCGCUCCUGGCGGUCUUCGUCAUCAUCCUGCCUUCCCUGGAAAGUCACGCCAUGGGUUGCCCGGCGCGCUGCGAGUGCACCGCGCUUCAGAAGUCCGUGGUGUGCCACCGGCGGAGGAUGGCGGCCAUCCCGGAAGGCAUUCCCAUAGAAACCAAAUCGCUGGACCUCAGCAAAAACCGGCUACGUUCCCUGGACCCUGACGACUUCUCGAACUUUCUGCUGCUGGAGGAGCUGGAGGUGAAUGAAAAUGUGAUCUCAAAUAUCGAGCCAGGAGCCUUCAACAACCUGCCCUUCCUCCGCUCUUUAAGCCUGAGGAAUAACCGCCUGAAGCUCAUUCCUCGCGGCGUGUUCUCCAGGCUCACCAACCUGACGCACUUAGACAUCAGUGAAAACAAGAUCGUCAUCCUGCUGGAUUACAUGUUCCAGGAUCUGCGCAAUCUUAAGCGGCUGGAGGUAGGAGACAACGACCUGGUGUACGUCUCUCACCACGCCUUCAAGGGGCUCCACAGCCUGGAGCAGCUCACUUUGGAAAAGUGCAACCUAACGAGUCUCCCCACGGAGGCCCUGUCUCACCUGGGCAGCCUGUCCACGCUCAGGCUACGCCACCUCAACAUCGCGAGCAUCUUGCCCUUCUCAUUCAGGCGGCUCCUCCGACUGAAGGUGCUUGAACUCAGCCACUGGCCAAUGCUCGAGGAGCUUCCUAUGAACAGUCUAUAUGCACUGAACUUAACGGCGCUAUCAAUUACCUUUACAAAUAUCACCGCCGUCCCACAAUCAGCAUUGCAGCCUCUGGUUAAUCUCAGGCUACUAAACCUAUCGUACAAUCAAAUCAGAGUAGUAGAAGCUGGUGCCUUUCAGAAUUUAAUUCGACUUCAGGAAUUGCAUGUGGCUGUGUCGAGGCUUACCACAAUCAAGCCCCAGGCCUUUAUGGGCCUCAGCAAAUUAAGAGUUUUAAACGUGUCAAAAAACCUGCUGCAGACCCUGGAGGAGAGUGCUUUCCAGUCGACGAGCAGUCUGCAGGUCCUCGGCUUGGACUCGAACCCCCUGGCGUGCGACUGUCGCCUGCUGUGGGUCGUGCGCAGGCGGAGACGCUUGGCCCUGGGCGAGCGGCAGCCGUCGUGCGAAUCUCCCGAGCACGUCAAGGGCAUGGCGUUCGGAGACUUCCCCGAGGAGAUGUCACCAUAUUACUUCUCGUGCAAGAAGCCCUGGAUCACGGUGCAGAAGCCCCAGCAGGUCGCCACAGCCGAGAGCCAGACGGUGCUGCUGCCGUGCCAGGCAGAGGGGGACCCCCAGCCCUCCAUCAUGUGGGUCUCGCCAUGGAAGCAAAAGAUCACGGCUCAGUCGAACGGCCGCAUGGCCGUGCUGCCAGACGGCACGUUGCAAAUUCGCUACGCGCAGAUCCUGGACAGCGGCACUUACGUGUGCAUAGCCAGCAACGCCGCGGGCAACGACACCAACACGGGCAUCCUCGACGUCAAGAGCUUUUCUCCACAGUCUUUGUACAACAACGACACCCUCGCGUCCGUCGGCAACGGGAUGAACGGCACCGGCUCUAACGCCACUCGGGCAAGGGACCAGCAGCUCUACGACGUCAAAACCAUCCUAGUGGCCAUAGCCAUCGGCUGCUUCACGUUUCUGGGCGUCGUGGUGCUCUGCUUGUUCAUUCUGUUUCUUUGGAGCAGAGGAAGGGGCAGACACAAACCCAGCGUCCACGUCGAGUACACCUCCCGGCGCACCGAGAGCACCGACUCGGGCGCUCAGGCGCCACACCCCAGACAGAUCAGCAUGAGGAUGGUAUAGGGAGGCCUCGAAAGGGGCUGUCAUUGAAAAUUACGAAAUGCAAUUGCAGUUUCUGAUUUGAAUGAACUUUAAACAUUACCUACAUUUCUUUCGAGUACAUGUAGACUGUUUUGUUUGGAAUAAGACAUGUCCGUAUAUAUUGUAUUUGAAUAUGCAUUUAAGAACUAUUUGUUUUUUUCUGUCCGACGUUUUACAAUUGAACCUUAUGGAACUGAAUUGCAAACGUGUUUUGUAAGUAUGUGGGACUUGUGGAUCGCCGGUAGGUCAUCUCCCGUGACUCUCCACGUGAUCGUAACACUUGGAAGUACCGCACACAACUGUAUAUUUAAUUACAUGUCACAUUGUCACACUAACAAUGCCUGAGCACUCAUAACCAGGCCUCCCAGAUGUUCAUGUAGAAUAUUUGUUACGGUCAGGAAGCUGCAUUCAUCUCAGAGAUGGCGAGAACUGCCGAGCUGCGAGGUGGCUGGGUCGCUCGGGGGGGCGAUCUCCGUGGCAGAGCGAACGCCCCAGAGAUCCUGAGUUCAAUUCCCGACAGCCGCCCGCAAUAAAACCAGGUCCUCACACGUGGCAAGGUAAUGGUCUCAGCCCGGUCGUCAAGCACCGUACAAAAACCCAUAACGUAAAUUAGAUGUUUCACAGAAUUUAUCCAUUCCCACAUAGGAGGGCCUUGCAGAGAUAAAAGCACAGGUUCAGAGUCCGUGAGAUAGGCCUGAGAGAGGGAUACCGCGCAAAGACCGAUGUCUCCUCUGGAUCGUUCAUCAACGGAGUUUGCCGCUGCUUGGACGCUAACGGCACAAUUAUCGUCUCGGUGAUAGAUGCAACGCAACGAGUGGGAGAAGGCGAUCGCAGUAACACUAAGAAGUCUACAACACAUGCCUGUGGCCUGACUGCAGCAGUGCGAUCUAAAACGCAAGAUGCGGCGUUGUUUAACGACACGAGAUCCCCAGCCCUGAGAACAGCAUGGAGAGCGCAUUGUUGGUGUUUGCCUUUUGACAGCAAACAUUGCCAUGGAAUGGUAGCAGAGGUUUAUACACCUACCCCGUUUGCUGAAAUGGCAAAAUAGUAUUAUUUA